AUGGUCUCCAUCGACACAGUACGAAAGCACAACUCCACUCUAAAGGAGUAUGGCCCCAACCUAGUAGCAGUCUUCGUCGGCGGCACCAGCGGCAUCGGCGAAACAACCGCCCGCGCCUUUGUCCGAUCGACUAUCUCUCCACGUGUUUACCUCGUCGGUCGGAGUGAGAGUCGGGCGUCGCAGAUUAUUGAGGAGCUCCGUGCUUCGAACCCGGAUGGCCAGAUUACUUUUGUCAAGGGCGAUGUUUCGCGUUUGCAUGAGGUCGACGAGGCUUGCAAGGCUAUUCAAGCUAAGGAGGAGAAGGUUAAUUUGUUGUUUUUGAGUGCUGGGAUCUUCACUGCGAAAGGGCGUGAUGAAACCGACGAAGGCUUGGACAAGAAGCUGAGUCUCCAUUAUUAUUCACGCAUGCGCUUCUUGUCCAAUCUACUUCCUCAGCUAACUAAAGCUGCCACGAGCACUGAAGGCGCAGCUGGUAUUCAGAGAAAUCUAUCAAGCGUAGUCUCUGUCCUUGAUGCACGAGGCAAUGCACCUCUUAUUUUGAAAGACCUGUCGUUGAAAGACAACUACUCGCUGCGCAACUGCGCCAACCACGCGAUUACCAUGACAUCUCUGUCUAUGGAAGAGCUUGCUGCCGCGCACCCCUCAACAUCAUUCAUUCACACUUUCCCGGGUGUUGUGAAGACGGGUCUCGCGCGUGAUUCUAACUUCGUCAUGAAGACCGCGAUGAAUGUGUUGUUUACUAUUGCUGCGCGGUGGACUGUUCCUUUAGGGGAGAGUGGAGAGAGGCACCUCUAUACAGCCACUAGUCCUAGUUUCACGCCUAAGGGGACUGUUGGAGGCGCUGAUGCUGCGAUGGGCUCGGAUGGGGUGCAGGGCUCUGGGGCUUACUUGGUUGGAUCUGAUUCGGUGACUGUCGCCGACCAGAAGAUUUUGCAUGGAUAUCGUGAAGACGGAACGAGGAGAACGGUUUGGCAGCAUACUCUUGAUGUUUUCAAGGGUAUUGUUGGAGGUAAUUAG